CAUAGGUAAAGUUGUGAUCGAAAUUUCAAGUGCCCAAUCACAAUGAAGAUUGUGAUGCACUGGAACAAGAGUGCACAGCUAACCCCAAUUAAAGGUGGAGUCGGAAAUGCCACUAUCAGUCAGUGUUUGAACUGAGUCACCAUAACUACAGCCUACACGAACACGAGGUCGUUCUUAGACAGGGGUUCUCUCAUUUGCUGUGAGAUUCAAACAAGAUUCACAUCUUUGGCAGACAACCAAGCGCUCGCCCGCUCAAACGGAGGAACUGAACACCUUUGCUCAUUUCCAUGCAAAUGAAGUGCGCCUUCCAACAAGGCCGUGAUACAUACAGGGCAGUCGUACAGAUACCAAAUAGUACCAGUCUCUCGUCCCUCAGCUCGAUUGUAGGAAAAUGACUGACUAAUGAAGACACAUUAUACUGGAAGCUGGCGAAGACGAAACAGAUUUAAGCAAAUCUUUUGCAAUUAUAACUAAAGAUCACUGGCUUUACAUUAAUCGAUUUGAUUCCACAGUGACAAUGGCUGACAGCAAUCACCAGGCUGAAGUAUACGCUAAUCCCGUUGCUUUGUCUCUCGACUCCACCGAGGGGUCCCCUGCUGAUGCAAAACAAUCAGAUGAUAAUGGACCAAACGACUCGGAAAUGACCAAUCGCAAUUCACAAUCUGUCUCGCGCGCUGAAACUGCGCGUGGUAAUGAGGCUCCACCUCCUUACAACAGAUGUCAACGCUCAUUGGCCACAUAUGAGAAUCCGGCGUUUGACAGCGAUGACGUCACAUCCAGCGAAAUCCCGUCCAAGAAAUUAACAAAACUUGACCCUGAUAAAUCUGGUGAAUAUACGGGAAAAUCCCUUCAUGAUGUGACGAACAGCAAUGCAAUUACUGAAACCACAAGCAGGCAAGAUAAUGACAGUGCAGGAGUUGUGAGUGGAAUAACCGAUAACACAAUGGGUAACCUAGCGGGAAAAAGUAAGGGUUCGGACGGUGUGGUUUUGUCUGACGGAAAUAUGGUAACUCAACCAGCAGCAGAUAUGACUCCCGACGAGAAAACCAUGCUGAACGAUAACCACACGAAAACGGUGGAAAUCCCAAUGGAAAAGGGCCAAUUGGAUGAUUUGGAUGGCAGAGAGACGUGGGGCAAAAAGUUUGAGUUCUUGUUGGCAGUGGUCGGGUUUGCUGUGGACUUAGGAAACGUAUGGAGGUUUCCGUACAUAUGUUACAGAAAUGGAGGAGGUGCUUUUCUUAUUCCAUACUUGGUUAUGUUAAUAUUUGGAGGCCUGCCGUUAUUUUAUAUGGAGCUUGCGCUGGGCCAGUUUCAGCGAUGUGGAUGUAUCAGUGUGUGGAAAAGAAUCUGUCCAAUGUUCAAAGGCAUUGGAUUCGGAAUAUGUUUUAUUGCAACCUAUGUGGCCUUCUACUAUAAUACAAUUAUUGCAUGGGCAGUAUAUUAUAUGUUUGCAUCAAUGCGGUCAGAAGUACCGUGGACCAACUGUAAUAAUUCGUGGAAUACAGAUGACUGCGUCGGGUUUUUCAAUCGAACGUCAUCCACCAGUAAUACCUCAAGAUCUGCUGCCGAAGAAUUCUUUAAUCGUGCGGUGUUGGAAGUCCAUCGUUCCACUGGUAUAGAUGAUGUGGGCCCCAUCAAAUGGUCCAUCGCCCUGUGCCUUCUUGCUGUCUUUAUCAUUGUCUACUUCUCGCUAUGGAAAGGCAUCAAAAGUUCAGGAAAGGCUGUAUGGGUGACCGCCACUAUGCCAUACAUUGUACUAUUUGUACUCCUGAUCCGAGGGGUGACACUCCCUGGCUCCCUCUCAGGCAUCAUCUACUACUUGAAACCAAACUGGUCGAUGUUAUUAGAGGUUUCAGUAUGGAACGAUGCAGCAGCCCAAAUCUUCUUCUCUUUAGGACCUGGGUUUGGUGUGUUACUAGCACUGUCAAGUUAUAACAAAUUCCACAAUAACUGUUAUAAAGAUGCUCUGAUAACAAGUUCAAUAAACUGCGGCACGAGCUUCCUAUCAGGGUUUGUUGUCUUCUCAGUGCUGGGCUAUAUGUCUUAUUCCCAAGGCAAGGAGAUACAGCACGUUGCGGAGGAGGGUCCCGGUCUCGUUUUUGUCGCCUAUCCAGAAGCGAUUGCAACGUUGCAUCUGUCAACGUUAUGGGCUAUCAUCUUCUUCUUCAUGUUGAUAACACUUGGUCUCGACAGUACGUUUGGUGGUCUAGAGGCAAUGAUAACGGGUAUCUGCGAUGAGUGGCCCAAUGCAAUCGGAAAGCGACGAGAGAUAUUCGUUGGGGUGAUAUGUGUGUACUGUUUCCUUGGAGGCUUGUGUACCACUACAUACGGUGGAUCGUACGUCCUAAACUUACUGGAUCAACACGCGGCGCCCAUCUCCAUAUUAUUCAUUGUGUUUGUAGAAGCAAUAGCAGUGAACUGGUUCUACGGUGUGAAUCGGUUCUCAGACGACAUUGAGCAAAUGCUUGGCUUCAGACCAGGCAUCUUCUGGAGGGUCUGUUGGGCUGGAAUCAGCCCCAUCUUUCUUUUGACCAUUUUUGUGUUAAAAAUCUACCACUAUUCUGGCGUACAAGGGAUUGCUGGCUACGAUUAUCCUGAAUGGGCGACUGGAGUUGGCUGGAUUAUCACAUGCUCUUCUCUAUGCUGCGUACCGCUUUAUGUUGUUUACAAAUUCAUCCGAACGCCAGGGAAUUUGGUGGAGCGAAUCCAAGGAAUGAUCAGACCUGAAGAUAAGCCCAAACACGAGGAGGAACUUAUGGUUCCCAUGCAACCAGUCUACUUAUAGAAAAAGACAGAUGGUUUGUAAGUAACCAAUCUUUUACUGGAGGAUCAAGUAGAUCCAGUCAUGGAGGAAAUAGAUGACGUUUUGCAUUGUUUGGUUCCCUUCACCAAGUUUACUAUGAAAUGUGCAGACGUCACAGUGUUUGGUUCCUUUAGCAACAUUCCACAAAAAGUGGAUGACAUUGUGCUUGGUUACCAGACAACCAGUACACCAAGGACUCAAACUCAGUUUGGUUUCUAUGUCAGGUAUUGUGCUGAUUUUGAAAUAACGAUAUUUGGAGAUCACAGAGAAACGCACAGUUUGUCUGCUGUCCUUCGAUUCCAUCUGUACGCCAUACUGUGAGCCCUUUCCGUCGCGAGUUGUAGAGCUGGACAGAAAGGUGAUCGUUUCUUUCACCAUACUUGAGUGAGUGAAGUACUGGUUUAUGCAGGUGAAUGAAGUAAAGGAGAAGUACGUGCUGCAACUUGGCGAUGUCGAAAACACUAUUAUCAACCGAACGGAACUCCAUGACAGAACGGAGGGAACAACCGAGACUAAUUACGAGUACAUUUUUCUGCACUCAUCAGUUUUUAUCAAUGACGUAUUCGUAGGUCUAGGAUAAGUGUUUUGAUGUGACCCCUUGACUUUAGGGUGUCAAUCAUGGACAAUAUAAAGUCCGUUCUGGGUGUUGUCACUACAUGUAUUUGUAUUGGUGAUACAUUUUCUGAAGUUCAUGUGCACAUAGGUUCAAUUUGAAAAAUUUCAAAUAUGUCAUUACUGACAGUGUUGGAUAUUUAAAGUCAAACAUAUUAUGAGUUCUGGAGGUAAAUACAUAAGCUUACUUUCCAUUAGGCUUUAGAUGAUCUUUUGAAUAUAUACAUUUAAUAUAUAUAUAAUUGUAAUAGAAACGCAAAGAGAUCGAACUAAACAUUUUUGGAAUGGAACAUUGAAGUUGUAAAGGCUUGGCUUAUAUUUCUAACUUAAUUCUCUUUUGAAUUGAUAGUAAAUUGUCUUUUGAAUUAUUGUCUGAGACCCGGUAUUUCAAAAGAACUUGGCGUUAACCAUUCAUAAGAAUUAGGCAAAAUCUACCAACCUUCUGAGCAUUCUUGUUCCUUCGUACAUUUAACUUGGAUGAAGAUCGCGCCCCUAUCGCUGAGGUCACGUAAAGUAUUUUCCAAUUUCGGUCGGUAUUUUUUUCUAAGAUCUACAGCUCUUUACUGAACAUGCUGAAGAAGAUAACGUCAAGCUUGAUUUGACGCCAAGCUAUUCAAUCCGGCCCUGAGCGGUCUCCUACUGAGUAGUCAAGGUGAAUAUAAAAGUGGUAAGCUUCUUGUUAUUGCAAAGUACUAUAUGUCGGUUUGACAUUUAUUCAUUCUCAAUUUCUGUUAAUCGUAAUGAUGUUGAAGUAGCGAUGUAUAUGGUAUUUGCUAGUGGUCCCAAAACCACUUUAUCGAUUCACCACUCUUUAUUAAACAUAUCAUGGCACCUUUGUGUAUCUAGUGAAUCAACGUCUAAUCUCCAUACGCACUCGAGAAUAUUAUUAGGAAAUGAUUACGAAAUCAAUUGCAGGUUACCUAAAAUUUAAAAAACACUUUUGAUUUUACAAAUCCAAAACUAUUAAUUUGUAAUUGUAGGGCCGUCAAUUUCCGUAAUCGCAACUGAACAAAAUGCAAUAACUUUUGCUAUUAUAAGUUGUUCAGUCGUCUGCUAAUAUUCUCGGUGUUGUUUCGCUUAUAACGAACAAAAUGGUAUCAAUGAACGUCCUUUAUAAUUCGUAUCAAUAUAAAUGUGCAUAAAACUAAUUCACUAGAUUAUUAUUAAAGGCGUUGUCAUCUAUUGAAUUAGGUAUGUAGUUAGGACUUUUUAUAAUUGCUCGUGGGAAAAACAAUGAAUGAAUUCGAACAGUCUAUACUUAACUGUUGAUAUACUCUUUGUAAUGAAGGCAUUUAUAAAUGUUAAAGUACUCUUCGAUGGACAUCAUGCAUGUAUGACAAAUAUAAUCUUCACUUCGCCGUGUACAUACAUGACAUAUCAUUUCUAAGAGAUUCCAAUAGCCCGAGCAGUAGAAAGGUGUUCUCAGACACAUAGCUGCUCGAAAUGUUACCAAAUCUAAGUACACGAUCAUUGACUCUAAUCAUGAAUUGUCACCUGUACCAUCAAGAGCAGAUAUACCCCAUAGGGAAAAUCUGUGCUGUGGUCCUAAAUGGACGUAAUGAGUUAGAUUUUUAUGAAUGAAUCUAAAAAUACUCAGGCCGGCAUGUGUGCUAAAACACGAGUUUAUCUAUCGACAUUUUAAAAAAUCAAAAGUUAGCGAUUGGAAAUGUUAAGUGCAACUUGGAUUUUUAAUUUUUAUAAUCAGCUGCGAGGAUGUAGACUGAAAUUAUAACCUGCCUUUUAUCAAAUUACCAGUUAUCACAGUUGCAGUAAAAAUUACAAGUUCGAUUUUUUCUUUCUUGUUAACUCAUGCAGCAUAUCUCAUGCUUAUAGCGUUUUAGCUCUUGUUAUCUCCUUAGUAUCGCCUUGUAAAUACUCAAUGAGGAAUAUAUUCCGUUGAAUGUCAAAAUAGUUGAAAUUGUCUGUUUCUGUUUGCAUUACAUUAAGGAUUUUAAGAGACCGGGAUCAUCUCGCAGGGUAGUAAUGGUUUAUGUGCAUGACACUGGUCAUUUAAAUGAAUUUAGAGUGACUCGGUGACAAGCAGUCUGCCAUUAAUGCUGGCGAUUGGGUGCCUUAUGUGAGAGGUCCAAGAUCUUACAUAUAGAUACAGAAGAAAACACGUUAUUCCCAACACGGAGUUGUAAAAUCGAGUCCAAAGCUGUUAUUUUUACACAAAUGGAAUUUCGUGUUUCGUGCUAGCAGUGAAUUUAAAACUGGCAAAAUGCUUGAAAGGCCUCAGAUGAAAGUGCCGUCAACGUGCAUGAUACUUAAGUUUGUUCUAUUCAACAAAUCGGUGAUAAAAAUGAAGUACUGUAUUCAUGGUGAUAUAUUAUUGUUUGUACAUGGAUGUACGUAACCCGCAGUGUUGUUGAGGUCAUGAAUAUUAUAAGCUAUGUUUAUAUUCUUGAGUGUUCAAGUAAUGCUGUCUGUUGUAACUCCGUCAAGGCAUACAGUGAUAUUUUAGAGAAAACGUUGAUUUAGUAGCGCGCACAGUGCUUUUCGAGAGUAGAUAUCCCUUCAGCCAAGAAUUGGCAAUUUUAACCAAGAUUUUACCGUGAAUUUAAAGAAUUUACCGUGAAUAGCCUUAUAACCCCGUGAUAGAUUCUGCACGAAGAGGUAACAUUUUGAUUAGGAUGACUCUAUAUCCGCAUCUACACACUCGAAUAAAAGCAAUUGAAAAACAGUAGCAAGAACGUGCAAAUUUCAAAAGCUGGACGCGGAUAGCUAGCUCUUUUUAAAUAUCACUUCCAUAUCACCUUAUCUUCUUCUGAACAAAUGUAAACUAUAUAUUAGCUUAGAUGAGACCUUCAAGCUUUCACAGCCUCCUACUCAUCUGCAGGCUAGGCCGUACUAAUCGCAUCGCAAGCAAAAUUUCAGGAUAUGUGCCACCAGGAGUGAGUGUGACUGAGGUGAGGUGAACGUGCUGUGUGCAGUUGGAGUAUUGGAAACGGAUUACCGUCUGUGAGUCUGUACAACCUAAAUUGAAGACAUCAGAAUAGUCUAGUAUGUCAGGCCACGUUAUAAGAGAGGGUAUGAAAUAGUACCAAAACAAAUCUGAUGUUCUGUUUCUGCCGCUUGGUCACGAGUCCAGACGGUCCAAGGCACUUUGAUUUCAGGGUCAGUCAUUGAGCAAACCGAAAAUAAUUUGUUUCAAAACCAGAAUCCUAAAAAUGGCAUCAAUUCUUUCUGCUGGGAAUUGAAAUAUUUUUCUGAUAUCUUCGAUUUAGAGUUGAUGGUUGUUUCGCGUGCUUGACGGUAACUGGCUUUGCAUUAGUGGAGACAUCACCGAAUCGAGACAAGAGUGUCGCACUGUGGUGCUUUGUACUGCUGUUGAAUUUGGUAAAAAGUGUUGGAACUGCUGUUGAAUUUGGUAAAACGUGUUGGAACUGCUGUUGAAUUUGGUCAAAAUGUUGGAACUGCUGUUGAACUUGGUAAAACGUGUUGAAACUAUGUUCGUGCGUGACGGAUCUUGUUAUGAUGUGGGCUUGUGAAAACAAAGAGUGCGUGUCGUCGAUGUGUGAAAGCUUUCCGUGCCUAUAUGCUGCCUUUGUACUAACGUCAAACGAACAAAUCUGGUUGGGCUGUAGGCCGAGAAAAGCUGCAUUAAACAUCCAAGAACAUUGUUUCACUAUGAACAACCUGAUGCGGGCAGAGUCAGAGGGCUGUUCUGAGACCCCAGCUGAAGCAUCUUUUGGAGAGCGUGUGUAACUGUAGCAUAUGGUAUAGAGAAUGCUGUAGGUGUGUUACUAAGAGAUGGUAGGUUCUAAGCCUUGGAACGUUCCAAAACCAUGAAACCACCCAAAAUAUAACGUUUCAUACUAAGAACAAAACGCCAAUUCCCGGUAAGACGUCGGGAAUCAUCCUUGUAUCCAAUCCUUUGAAUGAUAAAGACGAGUUAGGAGGUUGUGUUGAAAGCUCUAGGAACUUUAGUUAAGCCCAUGCACCAGCUCCGAAGUGGUAUAUCGUUGUAGUGUAAGUAUUGUAUUGUAUGUUUACUGUGCAGAACUGUAUGAUAGUACUAGAUUCUAUGCACCCUUCUUGUGUAGAUAUCAUUACCGGUAUAUAUUUGUAAAUUUAUACAAUUGUAAGUUAGUGUACAUGACCACUUUAUCUAUACAAUAUGAGUCAUUAUUUUAAAUGUAAAUAAGUGUCUAUGAUUGUUGAAAUAUCCAUAUGUAUAAUAAAUGUACCAUAAUCGCUGU